AUGUCAGGUGUAGUAAACAAGUUGGUAGAGCCUCUCAAUAAUAACAAACUGACCGUCCAGCAUGGGUGGGGCCAAGAGCCGAGAGAGGAUGUUGGUGACUCACCGGGAUGGGCAGGGCGUUAUUGGGUUUUUCGGUUUGUGAGGAUUCAUCAGGAAGAUGAAGGAGUAGCAUGUGGAGAAAAUGGAGGAGAAGCUUCUUAA